AUGGAAAACAUUAGCACUAAACAUAUGAAAGGUUCUAUUUACAUCCCAUCGGACAUAAUUGAAGAAAUUCUUUACUUUAUUCAAAACGAAUUAACCGAUAAAACUGAUUAUUUAAACAACGAAAGUUUUGCGUUAUUUAAUUGCCUUUUGGUAAAUAGACAGUGGUGCAGGCUUGUCAUUCCAAGACUUUGGCGUCAACCAUUUUUAUAUGUGAGAAAAGGGAACCCAAAACUUAUUUCAACCUUUUUGAUUUUUCUAAAUGAUAAUAAACGUAGAGGCCUUCAAUCUGAUGGAAUCAUAUUCUCAUCAUUAAGAUCAUUAAAACAUCGAAAUUUUUAUGUCCACAAAUCGCAAUAUCAAUCACUUUUCAAUUAUCCUUCAUUUCUUAAACAUUUACAUUAUGAUUAUAUGUUAUCUUCUAUCGAAGGAUGGUGUACAUAUUCAAAUCAAUCAUCAGGAAAUGCUAUUUCUCUCAUCACAAAUUCUUUGUUAACUUUAUUUGUAGAUAAUAAUGUUAAAUUAACAAGUCUUUUCGUUUGGCCAAAUCACAUUCAUUGGAAUCACUAUAGUUCAAAUAGAUAUAUGGAAUUGGUUGAACCCGAAUUUAUUGGUUUAUUAUCAGAGUUAAAAAAUUUACAUAUCGAAACACAUUCUAAGUAUCCAUCCUCAAGAUUUUUCUCUAAAUUGUCACGGAUAGUUAAUGUUAAAAAUUUAUAUUUACGUACUCAACAAUUGGGACUUAUGGGAUUUCCAAAUGAUUUGGAGAAUGAAAUGGCUCGUAAUAUUAGUAUAUUAAUAAAUGAACAAACUAAUUUAAUCACAUUCACACUUUCAAAUUCAAUUCGAUACACAUCUGAUUUUAUCAAAUCUUUAUCAUCAAAUGUUAAUAAUCUUCAAAAUAUUUCAUUAAUUGAAACAAAACUUAACGAAAAUGAAUCUUGGACAAUUUUAUCUAAAUGUAUAAAUUUAAGAAAAUUAGAAAUUAUUAAAUGUUUUGGAUUAAAUUUGGAUUCAUUAAUGUUGUUCUUGUCAAAUAGUUGGACAAAUUUGAAAACAAUUAAUAUUGAAAAUAAUCAUCCAAUAGAUGCUAAUUCUGAAUUGGAACUAUGGGCAAAUAAAAAGCGUAAUAAGAUUAUAUAA